AUGCAGAGAACUUAUUUUCUUGUCCUCGGUGCCAUAGCGUUGCAUUUUGUCACAACUAGCUCAGCUAGCAUAAGUAUUGCCAAUAACCAUAACAACAGUGCUAGUGAUCUGAAUGCACUUCGUGCCUUCAAAGCCACCAUUUUCGAUCCUCAAAGGAUUAUCCCAACCAACUGGUCCACUUCUUCCUCUCUUUGCAACUGGAUUGGAAUCACUUGUAAUGCUCGUCAUCACAGAGUCGCAGCCAUUGACCUUUCUUACAUGGGAAUUGUGGGAACCAUACCUCCACAACUGGGAAAUCUUUCUUUUCUCGUCAGGUUGAAUGUUAUGAAUAACAGCUUUCAUGAACAUCUUCCAACCGAGCUAUCUCGCCGAUUGACGUACAUCAACUUGGAAGGUAAUGCCUUUGAGGGAGAGCCACCGUCAUGGUUGGGAGGUUUAACUGCACUCCAAUACUCCUUCCGAGAUAACGGAUUUUCAGGUUCAAUAUCAGGCAGGCUCUCUAAUUUCACAAAGUUAGAGACCGUCAGUUUGGGUUUCAACUUUUUUACUGGAAAUCUUUCAGAAGAAUUCAGCGCUCUACCGAAAUUGACAGUUUUGGACAUUCAACAUAACCAACUUGUUGGCCCUCUGCCAUGGGAUUUGUUUAACCUCUCCUCAUUGCAAAUUAUUGGUUUUACGAAUAAUAGCUUAUCGGGUUACCUUCCAGCACACAUCUGCAAUUAUCUCCCACAACUUCAAGGGCUUUGCUUAUCACUUAAUAACUUUGAAGGUGAAAUUCCAUCAGCCAUCGGAGAAUGCUCAAGACUCCAAGUUUUAUCCUUGUCUUCCAACAAAUUCAGAGGGUAUAUACCAAAAGGAGUUUGGAAUCUAACCACGCUUACACAAAUACAUUUGGGUGGGACUGACCUGACAGGUGAAAUUCCAAAAGUCAUUGGCAAUCUCUAUAAUUUGGAGAAACUAGGCAUGGGGCAUGCUAAUGUGACAGGUAUAAUACCUCAAGAGGUUGGUAAUCUUAGCAAGUUGGAACUACUAAACUUGGAGUCCAAUAGGUUGAGAGGUUCCAUUCCGCUGAAACUGUUCAAUAGUUCAACUGUACGAGUAAUUUCUGUCGCGCAGAAUGAUUUAUCAGGCGAGCUUCCAUCAACUAUAGGUGCUUUCUUACCCAAUCUUGAGGAACUCUACCUCUGGGGAAAUGAAUUUACUGGAACUAUACUAACAUCUAUCUCAAAUGCUUCUAGGCUCAGAACGCUAGAACUUAGUACGAACCAUUUUACUGGUGCAAUUCCUCAUUCUCUUGGAAACUUGAGAUUACUGGAACAGUUUGCUAUAUGGCAAAAUGAUUUUUCUGGCGACCCGCUAUCCAAAGAGUUGAGCUUCAUCAUGUCCCUAUCAAACUGCAAACGUUUAAGAAGGUUGUGGUUAGAUGAGAAUCCUCUGAAUGGCUUACUCCCAAGAGUAAUUCCAACUACAACCAAAUGGUUGUUGAAGCUUCAGAUGAUAGAUCUAAAUGACAAUCAGAUACAAGGAGGAAAUGUUAGAACACUAAGAUAUGUUUAUCUCAAUUCCAACAAUAUAAGUUCUAACAUACCAGCAAGCUUUUGGAUCCUAAGAGAUAUUUUGGAGCUGGACAUGUCAGCAAAUUAUUUGACUGGCUCUUUGCCCACUGAAAUUGGAAGCUUCAAGGUAUUAAUCACAUUGAACUUUUCAAAUAAUCAAUACUUGGGUGAGAUACCUAGCAGCAUUGGAGCACUACAGGAUUUACAAGAACUCUCCUUGGAGCACAAGAAGUUACAAGGAUCGAUACCAAAUUCCAUGAAGAAUAUGCUACAGUUACGGCAUUUGGAUCUAUCUUUUAACAAUCUGGAAGGUGAAAUUCCCAGCUCACUACAGGACAAAAAGGAUAGUCAUGAUUGUUCUGUUGGCAUCAGGUUCUGUCAUUUUAGCCAUGGUGAUUUCAAUUUUUUUGAUGCGGUUAAAGUUAAGAAAGAAAAAUCUAGCUCCGACUCAGAAAUGCGGUUAAAGUUAAGAGAGAAAAAUCUAGCUCAGACUCAGAACUUGCUUCCCAUGGCGACAUUUGAAAGGGCAUCCUUGCAUGAACUUAGACAAAUAACAAAUGGAUUCAGCGAGAGUAACUUACUUGGCUCGGGGAGCUUUGGUUCAGUUUACAAAGGAAUUCGUGAAAAUGGGAUGCCUAGCAAUAUUCUACUGGAUCAAGACAUGGUUGGGCAUGUUUGUGAUUUUGGAAUUGCAAAGUUGUUGGGAGAUGAAGAGUUUGUGGUACAAACAAAGACUCUUGCCACAUUUGGAUAUAUUGCCCUAGAAUAUGGACUGGAAGGAUUGGUUUCAACAAGUAGUGAUGCUUACACCUUUGGGAUUAUAUUGAUGGACGCAUUUAUGAAAAGAAAGCCCAAGGAUGAGAUGUUUACAGAAGAGUUAAGCCUUAGGCGUUGGGUACAAGAUUGCUUACCAGAUUCAAUAAUUCAGAUUAUAGAUGUAGAUUUACUUCAUCAUGAAGAUGGACUGGUACAAAGGAAGAUUGAAUGCAUAUUAUCUAUCUUGCAACUUGGUUUAAGUUGUACAACAUAUGCUCCUGAGGAAAGAAUAAACAUGAAAGAGAUUCUAAGAGCGCUCCAGAAGAUCAAACUUCAGUUUAUUAAAGAUAUCGCUCCUUGA